CGUUUAACAGAUAAAUAAAUAAAAACACUGAAAUCUGAAAACUCGCUUCUAAAGUGAGAGAAACAUAAACAGAAAGCGAAAGCUGAAGAGAGAUUCUGCAUUUUGAAUCAGGAAACAAAGAGAAGAGAAGAAUGGCGAAACACGAGGAGCUUCCGAUCCCGAUUUUCCAAAGCUUGAACGAUGUCUAUGGCGAAGGCUCGCAGCUCGAAGAAGCUAAGCUCCGCUUUGACACGGCCAAGUCCAAGUUUCAAGAAUUCUUCGGUCACGCGCCUCAACUCUUCGCUCGCUCACCUGGGAGAGUGAACUUGAUUGGGGAGCACAUUGACUAUGAGGGAUAUUCGGUGUUGCCUAUGGCAAUUCGGCAAGAUACGAUCGUGGCGAUUCGGAAGAAUGAAAGCAGCAAGGAGCUUAGGAUCGCUAAUGUUAAUGAUAAAAAGUAUUCCAUGUGCACUUACCCUGCUGACCCCAACCAGCAACUCGAUUUGAAGAAUCACAAAUGGGGCCACUAUUUUAUUUGUGGGUACAAAGGUUUCCACGACUAUGCAAAAGCAAAAGGGGUGAAUGUUGGUCCACCAGUUGGACUUGAUGUUGUUAUUGAUGGAAUUGUGCCAACAGGUUCUGGACUAUCAAGUUCUGCAGCAUUUGUUUGUUCUUCCACAAUUGCUAUUAUGGCUGCUUUUGAUGCUAACUUCCCAAAGAAAGAAAUUGCACAAGUUACAUGUGACUGUGAACGAUAUGUCGGGACCCAAUCUGGUGGGAUGGAUCAGGCAAUCUCUGUCAUGGCCAAAACCGGCUUUGCAGAGCUGAUUGAUUUCAACCCAAUUCGUGCAACUGAUGUGCAACUUCCUGCUGGCGGGACUUUUGUGAUAGCCCAUUCUUUGGCAGAGUCUCAGAAGGCUGUUACUGCUGCUACAAAUUAUAAUAAUAGGGUUGUUGAAUGCCGUUUGGCUUCUAUUGUGCUUGGUAUAAAGUUGGGGCUGAAUCCCAAAGAGGCAAUGUCAAAAGUGAGCACAUUGUCUGACGUUGAAGGAUUAUGUGUACAAUUUGCUGGUAAACAUAAUUCCUCUGAUCCAGUACUUGCUGUCAAGGAAUAUUUGAAGGAAGAACCAUAUACAGCUAAAGAAAUUGAGGCAAUUACGGGUGAAAAGUUGACGUCAUUUUUGGGCGGCAAUGCUGCUUAUUUGGAAGUUUUAAAAGUUGCAAAGCACUACAAAUUACAUCAGAGAGCUGCUCAUGUUUAUUCGGAAGCCAAGAGGGUGCACGCUUUCAAGGACGUUGUAUCAUCAAAUCUAAGUGAUGAGGAGAUGCUAAAGAAGCUUGGUGACCUAAUGAACGAGAGUCAUUAUAGCUGCAGCGUUUUAUAUGAAUGCAGCUGUCCUGAGUUGGAAGAACUCGUAAAAGUUUCUCGUGAGAAUGGUGCUCUUGGGGCAAGGCUUACUGGAGCUGGAUGGGGUGGCUGUGCUGUUGCUUUGGUGAAAGAGAGCAUAGUCCCACAGUAUAUCCUUAAUUUGAAGGAACAUUAUUUCCAAAAGAGGAUUGACAAGGGUGUUAUCAAGAAGGACGACCUUGGUCUUUAUCUUUUUGCUUCGAAGCCAUCAAGUGGUGCUGCCAUCUUCAAGUUCUAAUUUAUUUCCUUUUAUGAUUGAAAGUUGUGAAACAUAUAUGGUAUUUUUUAGAUCUUAAUAAAUUGCUUAAUGCAAUUGCUUAUGGUCUAUAUGGAGUAAUAAGGUUAGAGGCUCCUUGAUUUGCUUCAUAGUUGCUUUUGAUAUACUAGCUAGUAUAGCCAAAACGAUUAAUUUUGUUGAUAAUUCUUAAAUCCAUCUAGUAUAUUUUUCUUUUAGUGCAGUCAAUUAUAGAAACAUGAUUAACGUGGUGGUUCUAUUAGCUCUGCUGAUCAAACAGACUUAUGUUUAUGUUUCAAUUUCA